AUGGACGAAAGGUGUAAACUUUUCAAUGCUAUACACCAAGUUCUGUUAAUGCGACAGGGUCCAAUACACGAGUUCACCUUUGACCCGUACAUAAGCUGUAACUGUUUUGAACUUGAUCAAAUAAUAUUACAUUUGUCAAGGAACCACACUGUCAAGAAAUUAAGACUUGCUCUUGAUAGUGAGUAUUCGUAUAAGUUACCCUUAUGUGCCUUCUCUAUGCAUCAGUUAACAGACCUAGAUCUCAGCCAUGUUGAUAUUGACCAUCAACCAAUAUUCAGUGGAUUUGGUAGCCUUAGAAGCUUAUGCUUGUAUUCUGUAAAGAUCUCUAAAAAAGCUCUUCUUCAUCUUUUAUCUAAUUGUCCGUCACUUAAGAGGUUCAGUCUCCUAGGAUUUAUCGGUCAUAAAGAUUGCACAAUUAUUGAGCUAUUUGAUUGUCUACAUGUGAUUGAAGAUCUGACUAUUUAUGGGUACAAUGCCCGUCAGCUUGUUCUAGACUCGGUUCCAGAAGAGCUUUCAACCUCCACCUCAAAUACUUUUGCUGAACUGGAGUAUUAUGAUGUAAAUGAGGUAUAUUCUGGUAUAUUGGAAAAAUAUUCAGAUGUUUGGUUGGAGCAUAUCAAGGAAUUGGUGGUUGAUUAUUUUAACAACUCGAAGCCUUCAAUGGAGUUUGUGAAGUUUAUCUUGGCCAGGUCUCCUAAGCUGAAGAAGGUGUUGAUAGGUAGUGUGGUUGAGAAGGAUGAAGAGGCGGAGAUGUUAAAAUUUCUCUUACAGGCCCCACGCGCAUCAACGGUAGAAAUCGUUGUAAAGUAG